AAGCGAUCUUCAACAUAGAGAAAAAUUUACGUGACUUAAAUAUCUGGUUAUCGUCACAUCAUUGCCAUUAUAAAUUGCGUCUGGUAUAUCGUAGAUGAAGAGAACGCAGGUUAUGGGAAUCGAACGAAAUUAUUGGAUUGACAAGCUUUGCGAUCUUUUCGAUCGGGCUCAUGACAAUGACAAUGAUUCUUCAGCGUAAGAUGAUAUCUUAUGCUCGCCGAUCGCAGCAAAUGCCAAUAGUAAUGAUGUGUCAAUGUUACAUAACUCCAUCAUGAUAUAUGCAUCGUUAUCUGUUAUCCUUGAAUUGUAAUAAGGUCAGUAUAUCCUCGGUUAUCAUAGUGUGAGGUUGUCGAUUGAAUUGUACUGCCACUGAUUUCUGCAAAACUUAAUUGAAUAUUGCGCACUAAAUAAUGGCAAGCAAAUCUUGGAAUGUUUUGGUGACGGGAGGGGCUGGGUAUAUUGGGUCUCAUACAGUCUUGGAAUUAUUACAAGCAGACCUUCAGGUGGUGGUAAUUGAUAAUCUUAGCAAUGUAUAUAAAGACUUAAAUUCAGAGAAACCAGAAUGCCUCCGUAGAAUAGAAAAAAUGAUAAAUAAGAAUAUUCCAUUUAUUAACUGUGACAUCACAAACAUUAAUGACUUAAGAAAUGUAUUUCAGAAGUAUACUUUUCACAGUGUUAUACACUUUGCUGCAUUGAAGGCAGUUAGUGAAUCAUGCCAAAAACCACUCGAAUACUAUAAGACUAAUGUCAGUGGAACAAUAAAUUUAUUAGAAGUUAUGCGAGAAAACAAUAUAAAACAUUUUAUUUAUUCAAGCAGUGCUACAGUUUAUGGUGUACCUCAGCAACUUCCUUUAAAGGAAGAUAUGAAAACUGGCAAUUGCACAAAUCCUUAUGGGAAGACAAAGUUUAUGGUUGAAGAAAUAUUAAAGGAUUUGUGUAUAUCAGACAAGGAAUUUUCUGUUAUAUCUUUGAGAUAUUUUAAUCCUGUUGGUGCACAUUCUUCAGGUCAAAUUGGAGAAGAUCCUAAUGGUAUACCAAAUAAUUUAAUGCCUUAUAUCGCACAAGUCUCUGUUGGAAAAAGGGACACAUUAUAUGUUUAUGGUAAUGAUUAUGAUACACCUGAUGGCACAGGUAUACGUGACUAUAUUCAUAUUAUGGAUUUAGCAGUAGGACAUGUGAAAGCCAUAAUUUAUCAAAAAACUCAUAAUCUAAAAGGAUUUAAGCCAAUAAAUCUUGGUACUGGAAAAGGUUACUCUGUGCUUGAAGUUAUACAUGCAUUUGAAAAAGCAUCUGGAAAGAAAAUCCCAUACAAAAUAGUUGAACGUAGACCAGGUGACAUAUCUGUUAGUUAUGCGGACGCUAGUAUCGCGAAUAAAGAACUCAAUUGGGUUGCAACAAAAAAUAUAGAUGACAUGUGUUUAGACACAUGGAAGUGGCAACAAAAUAAUCCAAAUGGAUAUAAACGCUGAUUAGUAUAUUAUCUAUUAUGUUUAAUUGAUUAAAGCUUAAAAAUAUUACAUUUUACCUUUCAUAUAUUGUCAAAAAAAUGAAAUCAUGGUGGUAUAUAGUUACCAAUAUAUUACCAAAGUUUAGACCAAAGUACAUAUAAGAAAAGUAGUUAUUUAUCUUAUAUCUGCUAUAUUAAGUGUACUUGAUAUGAAAAUGAUGAAAAUUUAAAAAUAUUAAAACUUAAGAAGAUAUUUUAUUUAGUAUCUAGUACAAAAGACAAUUUUAGUGAAUAUUUAAUUGCAUAUAUACAAAUCUUAUAAUAUGCAUAAUUUUUUACAAUUGGCAUAUUUUCUCUUAUCAUAACUUUUGAAAUUAAAUUGUAUCAUUGCAUUAUUGUUGACAUUUUAAAUAUUGACAUUUUAAAUAAUUGCAAAGAAGAACUCUGAUACUUUUACAAAUAAAUAUUUUUAUCAAUAUUAA